AUUCUCCUUUUUCACUCCCGCGUCGAAUUUGAAGGACCGACCGGCGCUGCGGUAACGGAGAGGUAGGAGAAGAUGCAUAGCAGGGGAUCGAGUCAUCGGUUGUCGGGAAUGGUGUCUCGGUCGCGGAUUUCGAGCCUGAUGCUGUCGAUGUUCGCCACGUUCGCUUCCUUAUACGUCGCUGGCCGGCUCUGGCAGGAUUCGCAGAGCAGGGUUGACUUGAUCAAGCAGCUCGAUAGGAUAACUGGUCAGGGGCGAUCUGCUAUAUCGGUGGAUGACACAUUGAAGAUUAUCAACUGCAGGGAGCAACACAAGAAACUAUCAGCCCUAAAGAUGGAGUUGGCUGCAGCUAAAAAAGAGGGUUUCAUCUCUAAGCACUCAGUGGAUGAUUCUAAGAAAAGACCGCUACUUGUGGUAGGAAUAUUUACAAGAUUUGGCCGCAAGAACAACAGAGAUGCAAUUCGGAAGGCAUGGAUGGGAAGUGGUACGGCUCUAAAAACGUUGGAGGAUGAGAAAGGCAUCAUCGUUCGUUUUGUAAUUGGAAGAAGUGCAGAUAAGGGAGACAGCUUGGAUGGGGCGAUUGACAGUGAAAACAGGCAGACUAAUGACUUCAUCAUUCUUGAUAAUCAUGUUGAGGCACCUGACAAGACUCCAAAGAAGACAAAACUGUUCUUUGCUCAUGCUGCUGAAACAUGGGACGCUGAGUUCUAUGCUAAAGUGAAGGACGAUGUCUAUGUAAAUAUCGAUGCCUUGUUGACUGCACUUGCGGCUCACUUGGACAAGCCUCGUGUUUAUAUAGGGUGCAUGAAGUCAGGCGAAGUAUUCUCUGAGCGGGGACAUCAAUGGUAUGAACCAGACUGGUGGAAAUUUGGUGAUAAAAAAUCAUACUUUCGCCAUGCUUCAGGGGAGUUGCUUGUCAUAUCACGAGCUUUGGCAAAAUUUGUAUCGAUAAAUAGAUCCAUUCUUCGUACAUAUGCACAUGACGAUGUGAGCGUUGGUUCCUGGUUUAUCGGGCUUGAUGUCAUGCAUAUUGAUGAAGCAAAGUUUUGCUGCUCAUCUUGGUCAACAGGAGCAAUCUGUGCAGGUGCUUGACGCGUCGCUUGCGAUACCAGGGUUAUACUUCGCACUAGGCCCAUUGAUUCUUUCAAGAGUUCUUUGCAUAUAGAAUUCUGCGACCCUUUUAGGUUGAUUGGUGGAGAGGUGAUGUAUGGAACUGGAGAUUUGGCAGCCCUCCUUUUCAACUUCGGCAUGUUAGCUCGUUGCUGAAGAAGGCUUCAAAAGAUGAAUACUUUUAAGGCCCUAAAUAGGUCCCAUGCUGGAUGCAGAACAACAUUCUCUGAGUUAAGUGUCUAUCAAAUGGGUCAUUAUUCUUUCAUUUAUAGUGACAGAGGAGAUUCAGCCCCAUUUAAUAGAGUCAACGUGCUACCGAGAGAUUGUACUAUA